CUAAAGCCGAGAACUUGAAGGAAAAUACACCAUGAAGCUAUUCCUGAGUGUCCUACUGGUCACUCUGGCUCUUUACUGCUGUGAAGCCAGUGCAAUCACCUGUCCAGACUUAGCAACUGAUAUGAAAGGCUUCCUUCUUAAAGAAAAAAACAUGUACGAGAAAACACUUGAGAAAUAUAACGCACCUCCAGAAUUCAUUGAGGCCAAGAUGAAAGUGAAGGCCUGCACAGAUGAAAUGUCCUUUGGGUCCAGAUUGCUAAUUGAGAAGGCAUUGGGGAAAAUCAUGCUGAAAUGUCUAAUAAACUGAUAAACUAAUACAUCUGUCUUGCAAUAAUCACCUAUUCUGGAAAAUGUAAAGGUUUCAACAUCUUGCUUCAAUAAAUCAGUU